AUGGCCCAUUACAAAGCCGCAGACUCGAAGCGCGAACAGUUCCGGAGGUACUUAGAGAAGUCGGGGGUUCUGGACACGCUGACAAAGGUGUUGGUAGCCUUAUAUGAAGAACCAGAGAAACCAAACAGUGCUUUGGACUUUUUAAAGCAUCAUUUAGGAGCUGCAACCCCAGAAAAUCCAGAAACAGAACUACUCCGCCUAGAAUUGGCAGAAAUGAAAGAGAAAUAUGAAGCUACUGUAGAAGAAAACAAAAAAUUGAAAACAAAGCUUGCCCAGUAUGAACCACCUCAGGAGGAGAAGCGUGCUGAAUAG